UCAAGCACAAAGGGCAAAAAUGGCAGCCGGCGUCAUCCAAAGCCUAAGCAAAUUCAGGCUCUCCACAGCCUUCCAGCACUCGUUCCUAUCUCCAACCGCCUGCCAAGAGCUGAUAUUCCAAGACUUGUCUGAGGAGGAAGACAUGGAGGAUGAAGAAGAAGAGGAGGAAGGAGGAGAGGAGGAUGAAGAAGAGGAAGAAGAAGAAAGGGAAGUUAUGGAAGAAGGCGAUCGUUCUGCAAGCCAUGGAAGGAAAGAGGUGUUUGCUUCCAGCUCAAGCGGCACAGAAAUGACACAGCAGCUUCUUCACUUUGCCGAGCGCAUCAGUGAUGACAUCCAAAACUAUUUCGGCAGCAAAGGCAAAGAGGAAGGCUCCUGCAACAUCUACGAGGCUGGCUGCUCCCCGAAGCUCUCUGGGCAGGUGUUGUACUACACCGACUUGGUCAGGCUUUCUCAAAGCAGGGAAUCUGAGGAGGACGAAGGCUCUCCAGCCUCUCCGAAGGCUCCAGGCCAAGGCGAUGGGGUGCUGUGGAGGCAGUUCUGCAGCCAGGAAGAGGUUGAGAAGCUGGGGCCCCUGGCCGAGCUCUUUGAGUAUGGCUUGUGUGGGUACGUCAAGCAGCAAGUCUCCUCCGACAACAGGAAGCUGAGGCUGGAGAGGAAAUACACCCGCGUGGCUCCAAUGCACGGGCGAAAGCUGCCCCCAUCCUUCUGGAAGGAGCCAUCUCUCAGCCCACUAUGCAUGCUCCAUGGCAACCCUCCGGACUUUAGUGACCUCCUGGCCAACUGGACCUCCGAAACCUGCCAGGAAGAGCUUAAUGCUAGCCAAGAGCAUCUUACUGGGGCUAACAGGCCAGGGGCGGACCAUUUUGGUGGCUUAUGACAGUCUGCUAGGACAGUAGUAUCAAUAACACUUCUACUUUGGCGGUCUAUGAUAGUUCAGUCCAACAGAUGACAAGCCUCAGCAGACUGAAAGCCAAAACCAAGGUCACAACAACGCCUGUGAUAGAACUCCAAUAUGCUGAUUAUAACAUAGUCUGUGCACAUUCAGAAGAAGAACUACAAGUCACUCUAAACACCUUUGUAGAAGCACACAAAAAGCUUGGCUUCUCACUGAACAUCAGGAAAACUAAAGUUGUUCUUUCAGAAAAAGCCACUAGUCAUUCCCUCUGCAAUGCCAGUAAUACAACUUAAUGGUGUAACAUUAGAAAAUGUUGACCAUUUCCGCUCCCUUGGCAACCACCUCUCCACAAAAGUCAACAUCAACACUGAAAUACAACACCGUCUGAGCUCGAAUGAAGCCAUAACAGAACACACAAUAAAGCAAGCAGGGUACAGAAUAUUAUUUGAGAACAUGGAAAUUCUGGACCACUCUGACAACCAUCAUGUCAGAUGACACAGAGAAGCCACUGAAAUCCACAAGCACAUGAAGGAUUUCAACAGAAAGGAAGAAACCAUGAAAAGGAACAUAAUCUGGCGACCCAUAUUGAGAAACACCAGAAUCAAGACAGUAACUAAUGAACGCCAUCCAGACACAGGAGGCCUCCAAGCAGCAAGCAAUCAAGGGCCAGUGAGUACCACCCAGGCCAAGGAUGACUCCAGGCAGCAAACAGUUCAAAAGAAACAAAGGCCAGGCUACUUCCAGAAGGAUGCCCUCAUUAUUGACUAUGCUAUCUUCUCAGCUUCUUACAUGCUAAUGGAUGGAUCCCUCUCAAACACUUGCAAAUCAAGCUUGCUAACUGCACCCCUUUAAUUUUGUAUAACAGACAAUGUCUUUUCCCUCCCACCCUGGACAUUCCACAGGUAUAUUAUAUACUCCGCUUGCUUGACUACCAUCAGAUCCUCUGAAGAUGCCAAUAGCCAGAAAUGCAGGCAAAAUGAAAGGAGGAGAAAAUGCUGCUAGAACCCGUUGGCCAUGCACCCCGGAAACCACACCACAACACCCCAGUGAUUCCGGCCAUGAAAGCCUUUGACAAUACAGUCACCUGCUUUGGUGGUCUGCAACAGUCCACUAGGGCAGUCCGAUCAGGAUUCCUUCAUGUGCUUAUGGGACUCUUUUCUCUUCACUGUAUAAUAUUUUUAAA